CGCUUGUAGAAAGAGGUACAAUAUUAGCUAUUUCUCCUUGAAUUAUACUAUGAUGAAAUAGAUAUUCUCUGAAGUUACCUAAUUGUAGAUAUUUACAAAGCUGUGAGGAGAAUGGUUUGAAAGUGAGAAGUGUGCAUGCAACUCAUUUACUUGAGCAACUCUGAUAUUCUUUAGAAAUGGAUAAAUAAUUGAUAAAUGCUGAGCUACCAGUUACAAAGAAUAACUUGGUCUUUCUUAUAAUUUAAAUGUAUUAUUUUUGGAUCAUUCAUAGCAUAGUAUCCUAUCAAAUAUUAGAUAUGUAUUAGGUAUUUAUGCAUUUUUAUAUUCCUGUGUAAAUAAAUGUGGCAGGCCUGUAGCCAAAUAGGAAUAGCUGGAUCAUUUAACAAAGCAGUUUUGAGUGUGGCUGGGGCAGGGGACCUUUGGAUUGUGAUCCAUCCUGGGCCACAACAUAUGACCCUGUCUCAAGGAGGAAAAGUAAACAAAAACAAAAGGACUGGAGAAAUGGCUCAUCAGAUACUGAGUUUGAACCUUGGAACCUACACAGUUGAAAGAGAGUGCUGACUCCUCACAGCUGGCCUCUGACUUCCACAGACAUGCUCCUACACACACAUAAAUAAAGGCAGUUUUAAGCUGCGUGGGUUGGCACACAUCUAAAAUUCUAGCAUUUGCCAAAACGGAAGCUGGAGGAUUGCAGCAAAUUCAAGGUCAGUCUGGUCUACAAAGUAAGUUCCAGGCAAGCCAAGGCUAUACAGUGAGACACUGAAAAGAUUUCAACAUACACAAAUAUUAAAAAGACAGUUCUGCUUAUCAGUACAGCAAACUAAUUGUGGCUGUUCAUUUUUGUUAUUUAGAACUUUGACUCUCAAUCUGACACAACUAUUUCAAAUGCAUUAUAAGACAGGAAGAACCUUGAGAUAGUAUCAAAACCCACUUCCUUUUUAUGUGCAAAAAUAAAGAGCUCUGACAGCAAAACUGAUACUUUGAGUUGAAAUUUGAUAGAAACUCUUGAUAUUUGUAUAGUCUUUCAGCCAAAUAAGAGCAGACUAGAGCUUUGAAACUCAGUCCAAUAUUAAAUCCAGCUUAUUGAUUUCUAUGUAAAGUAGAGGAAAUUACUACUUAGUAGUUUUGUUUCUUAGCUUUCAGACAGGAAACAUACUCAAAGAAGAGCUUUAUGGAAUUUCAAGUCAAGUAUCAUCUAGACUGUCACAGCCAUCUUCUCCCCAGUCAGCCUGCCCAUCACCCACCAUUCCAGCAAGUAAAGUAAUUUCUCCAUCACAGAAGCACAGCAAAAAAGCAUUAAAGCAGGCCCUGAAGCAGCAACAACAGAAGAAGCAGCAGCAGCAAUGCAGGCCAAGCAUGUCCAUCUCUAAUCAGCACCUCUCUCUCAAGACAGUCAAAGCCAGUGACUCCACACCUGCCAAACCUGCCCUGUGGGAAGGAAAGCAAUCGGAUGGACAAUCAAGCAGCCCCCAGAACUCAAACUCCAGCUUUUCUUCCUCAGUGAAAGUGGAAAGUUCUCUGCUAGGCUUGGGGAAAAAAUCUUUCCAGAGGUCUGACAGACUCCACACAAGACAAAUGAAAAGGACUAAAUGUGCUGAUAUUGAUGUUGAGACGCCUGACUCCAUUCUGGUUAAUACUAAUCUUCGAGCACUGAUCAACAAGCACACCUUUUCAGUUCUUCCUGGAGAUUGCCAGCAGCGCCUGCUUUCACUGCUUCCAGAGGCGGAUCGACAGGUUGGUCCGGAUGGCUUGAUGAAGUUGAAUGGCUCAGCCCUUAACAAUGAGUUCUUUACUUCUGCAGCCCAAGGCUGGAAGGAAAGACUUUCAGAAGGUGAAUUUACCCCUGAAAUGCAGGUGAGAAUUCGGCAAGAGAUUGAAAAGGAGAAGAAAGUAGAGCCAUGGAAGGAACAAUUCUUUGAAAGCUACUAUGGCCAGAGUUCUGGUUUAAGCCUUGAAGAUUCACUGAAACUGACAGCUUCCUCUAGUGACCCCAAAGUAAAGAAAACCACAGCUGAGCAACCAAAAUCCAUACUUCCUUCAGAUGCCUCUCCUGGCAUAAUCAUCCCAGUAGUUCCUCAGUCAGAGUUUAAAGAAGAAGCAGUGCAAAUACCAUCACCAUUCAGAAAAGAAGAAGAAAGCCAAGAUGAGGCACAGCCAAACUCUGGGUCGUCAGAUCCCCUCCUUGCAUCAGCUAGCAAUAAAAAUGAGCUUAUCACCGUGAAGCCCAUCAAGUGCCCUAAGGAUGAGGGUCUCUUAGAGCAGAAGCCAGUUGCCUGUGCUGAACAAGAGUCUGAGAAAGAAAAUCAUGUCACCACAACUUCUAAUAAUAGCAAAAGUGAGAACCAAGAAGUGUUAGCUAUAUCCCCAAGCAAAUCCAAAAAUGCUGGGUUAGAAAAACCCAUAGCAAAGCCUGUUUCAGAAGCCAGUCCCCUGGACCCUGAAAUGAAGAUGCCUCCAGCAACCCUUACUGAUCAGAUCCCAGAUAGUCUCAAGAGGAAAUCUUCUCUUAUCCAAGAAGAGACCACUAGCAGCUGGGAGAAAAGACCACGCAUCACUGAGAAUCGCCAGCACCCGCAGCCAUUUCAGGUCUCUUCACAGCCCUUUCUUAAUAGAGGGGACAGGGUCCAAGUGCGAAAAGUCCCACCUCUCAAGAUCCCGGUCUCCAGAAUCUCCCCGAUGCUGUUUUCUACAUCGCAGGUCUCUCCCAGGGCUCGUUUUCCAAUCUCCAUCACUAGUCCUUACAGAACAGGAGCCAGAACUCUGGCAGACAUCAAAGCAAAAGCCCAAUUGGUCAAAGCACAGAGGGCAGCAGCCGCAGCAGCCGCUGCAGCUGCUGCAGCCGCCUCAGUUGGAGGGACCAUUCCAGGACCUGGCCCUGGGGGUGGACAAAGUCCAAGAGAGGGUGGUGAAAGGAAAACUGCUGGAGGAGGGAGUCCAGGCUCAGACAGAGUCAGUACAACUGGAAAGGGUCCCACACUGGAACUGGCAGGAAUUGGAAGCAGGGGAGGUACGAGAGAGCUUUUACCCUGUGAUCCCCAACCUGAGACCAAUUCACCAGGCCAAGCACAGCCUCCUGGUGUCCCUGGAGCACAACUACAGCAAACCUCCUCAGUGCCUGCAGCACUUGCCAUCAGUGGAUCAUGCACAACCAUCCCAGCACCAGCCCACAUAGAGAUCUCAAACAGUGAAAAACUGAACCCCCACAAGGCAACAGCCAUAGCAGCCUCUUCUUGUCACCCACAAGACCUUAGUAGUUGCAGGCGGGAAAAAGCUCCUUUUCCAGCAGGGCCUGCCUGUUUUGUAGCUGAUGGCACAAUUGAGCCCAAAGCAGGUUCUAAUAAGAAUGCACCAAAGCCUUCAGCCUCAGCCAAGACAACUGUUUCUGCUCCACCAGAUAUGACUUCCUCCCCUGUAACAUCUUUAUUGACAACAGCGGGUUUAGAAAACCUCCCUGUGCCCCAGAUGAGUGGAGCUCCAGCAUCUACUGCAUCAGCUCUGCCCUCCAGCACUUUGCCAGGAACUUCUAGCCUUAAAACCCCAGGAACUUCUGCAAAUAUGAACGGGCCUAUUUCAAGACCAAGUUCUAGUAUUCCUGCUAAUAAUCCUUUAGUUACUCAGCUGCUCCAGGGCAAAGAUGUUCCCAUGGAGCAGAUUCUACCCAAACCUCUCACCAAAGUUGAAAUGAAGACAGUUCCACUGACUACAAAAGAGGAAAGGGGGAUAGGAGCAUUAUAUAGUAGCUCUAGAGAGGAAGCUAACAGCAGGCAGGCCCAUCUGGCUGUGCAGCAGCGAGGGAAACCCUUGCAGGGUAAGCAGCUUUCCCAGGGUCCACAGCCAGUCUUCACAGUCAAGGACCCAAGGGACUCUUGCGGUGACACUCACCAAGGAGGACUCAGUAAAGCAACGCAGGAGCAGCUUUUUCAGACUCUAAUCCAGAGGGCCCAGAGACAGAGUGUUCUUUCAUUUGUGCCCCCCUCUCAGUUCAACUUCCCUCACUCAGGUUUCCACUUGGAAGACAUCUCCACAAGCCAGAAGUUCAUGCUGGGUUUUGCUGGCAGAAGGACAUCCAAGCCUGCAAUGGCAGGUCACUAUUUGCUUAAUAUUUCCACCUAUGGCCGGGGUUCAGAGAGUGUUAGGAGGGCCCAUUCUGUAAAUCCUGAGGAGAGAUUUUGUUUAAGUAGCCCCACUGAAGCCAUGAGAAUGGGAUAUGCAGAUUUUAAAAACACACCUGGAGAAGGCAGCAGCAGCAGCAAAGAUGAUGAAACUGAUGAAGAGAGUGUCAGUGACGAGCAGGAGCCUGUGUCCGUGAAAGAGGAGCCCUGGGCUUUUCAGAAUUCUGGCAAGCAUCCCCAUCAUGGAGAAACUCCAUCCACCAAUGAUUGUUUAGCUAGCAAGAAUGGUAAGACUGAGGUACCAGUGAGUGAGCAAACCACUUUAGGCAAGGAGAAUUACAUACUCUCUAGAGGCCAAACAUUUGAUGAAAAGACUCUAGCCAGAGAUUUUAUUCAGGCAGCACAUAAGCAAAUGGCUCAGGCUGUGAGAGGUAAGACAGUGUGUAGCAGCCCUGAGCUUUUCAAUUCUACUGCUCUUUCUCUCCCUGCAGACAGUCCCACACAUCAACCUCUGCUCCUUCCACCACUGCAAACCCCUAAGUUGUAUGGGAGCCCCACACAGAUAGGGCCGAGCUAUAGAGGUAUGAUAAAUGUCUCCACAUCAGAAACAGACCGUAACUGUGCUGGACCAGGUAGCCAGGUAUCUAGCAGUGUAGGGGAUGUCAUGUCGUUUUCAGUGACUGUCACUACCAUCCCUGCUAGCCAAGCUAUGGAUCCCAACAGCUGUGGCCAGACAGUUCCUGUUCAGGCUUUUCCUGAUGAGAACAGCAUCGAGGACACACCUUCAAAAUGUUACUGCCGGUUGAAAGCCAUGAUCAUGUGCAAAGGAUGUGGAGCUUUCUGCCAUGAUGAUUGCAUUGGCCCUUCCAAACUGUGCGUUUCCUGCCUCGUCGUUCGGUAAUAAGACUACAGUGUAUGUGAAGGAGGGAAGGGUAGGCUUAACAAGUCCUGUUCUUGCACCCUUUUGAAAUCACAGAAAUAAAGUUUCAGUUGUCUCAAGAGACAUUAAUCAGGAAUACAGAGUGCAGGCCUUCAUGUUUACAGGAAGAGCACCUUGUAUAGAAGUCUGACUAUGAAUUGGUGACAAGUUUGCACUUAGAAAAUCAUGUAAAUAAUGUCACAGUUUGUUUUAACAUUGUUUUCCAAGUAUUUAGGUAAUGAUGUGUUAACUUUACAUUCAGAUUUAUGUUCCAUUUCUUUUGACUCAGAAAAGUUGAAUGGUAUGCAUGGAGAAAGGAAGCUGUCUGACCUGGCCUUUCCCGGGGCUAGGAGAAGGAAAGAGUGUCAGGACGCGACCGUCAUGCUGAUUAGUCAUGUCUUCACAGACUGGCUACAGGUUCUUCGCAGAUAGCAUGGUCUUUGUGGGGUUUAGAUUGGGGUUUACUCAUCUCUUUACUUUAGGUGGAACCAUUUUCAGUGGAACUUUAGAAAGGUAUUAAGAUCCCAGACAGUGUUUUUGACCCUGACAGUCCUGGCUUAGUUUUUGAAGGGUCUGCCUCUAAAGGACUCCUGUGUUAGUCUAGUGUGUACGUGGCAAUAGUUCCAGCAAUAAUAAGUAAUACAUCCUGACGCUGUAUCAUCCAUGGGCUCCCACAAACAGAUCUGAAAUUCCAGAGGAGU